AUGAAGUCCGUCGUUAUCGCCCUUUGCACCCUGGUCGCGGUUACUGCCGCCCAAGGCUCUGCCAACCUUGCGGCCUGCGGCCAAACUUGCGCCACCAACAUGUUGAGCGCCGACAAGGCUGAGGAGCUGGGUUGCAAACAGAAUGACUUGAGGUGUCUCUGUGCCAACAAGAACUUCCUUUACGGCCUCCGAGACUGCUCCGCGGCUAUUUGCCCGGCUGAGGAUGCCAGAAAGGUUGUUGACUAUGGUAUCAGUAUCUGUGCCGGAGCUGGUGUUGCGAUCCAAACAAGUUCUGGAGGUGGCAAUGGUGGUGCUAGUCACACUGGAAGUGCUUCUGGAAGUGCCACUGGCAGUGCUACUGACGGCGAGUCGACGGCUGCCACUGCUUCUGCUUCCAACUCUGCCACUGGAACUGCGGGAAGCAGCACAGGUAGUGAUCAAGCGUCCGGCAAAGUGUCCACCAUCUUCACCACUUUCACCUCGGACGGCGAAACCGUUACUGCUGGCAUUCCCACUACAAUCUCCAGCAAUCUUGGCAACGGAGGAAUCAGUGUUUCUACUUUCACCGCGACUGUUACCGGAUCCGAUGGCAGCGCUCACCUGACGACUAGUCAGACCACUUUGACUGUCGGAUCUGGUUCGGUCACUGUUACUGCUUCCGAAGCUACUGCCACUGGUAGUGCCAUCCUUACGACUGUGACUUCUGGUAGUUCUACCAUCGUCAAGACUCUGACCACGGUUCACCGAAGCACCGAGUCUGACACCGCUUCUGUCACUGAAUCUACCACACAGGCUGAAUCCAGCUCCGAUUCCAGCAGCGAACCCACCGAGACUGAGACGAGCAGCAGUUCAAGUGCUUCCAGCACAUCCACCAGCACAGCUGCCGGUGUAAGUUUUCACUUUUGA